AUGACCAUUGUAGUGGUGAGGAUGCGUCUCGACUACCAUCCCAGAAAGAAUCUCGGGAGGGCGUACUAUGAUCCCUCCUCGAGUGACAAGAAAGGAUUGGAGAACACCCCCUUAGCCCCGGUGGAGAACGGAGUGGUCGUGGUUGCUCAUCAUCGUGGUCACCCUCAGCAUCACCGUUGA